CUUUCAAACAUAAUUUCUAUUGAGCUCAUGAUUAAGUAUUCGAAUUUCUCGCCAUUUCUCUUGCUGUGGAUCGCAUCGAUCGUGCAGAAAUGCUUGUGCUCUUCGAUCAUCAAUCCAUCUAAAGUCAAAACUGUCUCAUGGAAACCCAGAGCAUUUGUUUACGAAGGAUUUCUUACGAAAGAUGAAUGCAACCAUUUAAUAUCUCUCGCAAAAUCAGAGUUGAAGAGAUCAGCGGUGGCGGACAAUGAGUCUGGAAAAAGUACGCUGAGCGAGGUUCGGACCAGCUCUGGAAUGUUCAUUCCGAAAAGCAAGGAUCCUAUCGUUGAUGGCAUUGAAGAGAAGAUUGCUGCGUGGACAUUCUUACGAAAAGGCAUGACAUAUUUAAUAAAGAUGUGACUUCAAUAAAUUUGCUUGCUCAUGCUAUCAACAGAGACUUGUUCAAAUUGGAUUUAACUGACGAAUACUGAGAUAAUUAGAGGAAAUUUGCUUAAGCAAAUCUCAGAAUCUUAAGAAAAAACAGGCAUCUAAAUUAUCCAAAUUUUAUUUGGUUUUCCAAUUCUAGAGAUGUGAAAUAUAUAGU